AUAGCUAUGACCUACAAGUACCGUGGGCGUUUCUGCUCGCUGAUUGGUUUCUCAAAUAUUCACUUUCUAAAUAAGUCAGUUAAACAUCAAUCAGUGUUUGACUAGACGUGACGACCCAACAGCCUGUGAUGAUUGCCUCGUGGUUUAUUUCUAUCGUACUAAUUCAUUUUGUGGUUUCUGAACCAUUUUUAGAUUGUGGAUCUCAAGUCGGGAAAAUAUUUUCACUGACAGUAACUCCAUGUGACCGAUCACCUUGUGCAUUGUAUAAAGGUAAAAAUUCUACGAUCACAAUUGAAUUCAGUACAACAGAGACUGUGGUAAAUGGUAAGAUUGCUGUCCAUGGAGUUUUUGCACAUGUACCAAUACCAUUUCCACUUCCCAAUUCAAAUUUAUGUGAAUUUGUCAGCCCAGUAUGUCCUUUGCUUCCAUCUAUAGAGAAAUAUACACACACAUAUACUUUGCCUGUGCAACAUAUGUAUCCAUCGAUUUCUUUAAAAGUUCGAUGGGAAUUAAAAGAUAGUUCAAGUAAAGAUAUAGUUUGUAUUGAAUUCCCUGUUCAAAUCAUUUAAAUAAAAGUACACUAUUAUUAGUCGUCAUCGUUCUAUUAGUAGUAGUAGUAGAAGUAGUAGUCAUAGUAUAAUGCAAGUCAAUUCAUUAAAACUUCAUUAAAUAAUAAUACACUGCAAACUACUAAUUUUGUUUCAUUCUUCUUAAUAAUAAUAAACAAUAUGUAAAAUGAUAUGAAAAGAACUUGGACAAUGAUGAUAAUUAUUAUUCUUUUGUUGAAAGCAUAUUUUUUCAGUUUUAUGUGUAUUGUUCUGUCUUGUUUUGUUCUCUACCGUAAAAAAAUAGAACAUCGUUGAAAUAAUCAUUUUUACACUGUUCAUACUAUGUUUAUCAAUCAUGUGUUUUUUUUUAACGAGAAAAAAAAAUGCAUUUGAUCUGAUUUGAUUUGAUUGAUUUAUAGAAAGUUUGUAUCAUGAUUUUAUUUUUUCAUUUUUUACGUUGUAAU